CAGAUACAUCCUCAUCAUCUCUAAUACGCAGCUACAUUCCUCUAAUACCACCACGCGUACAUAUUCCUCAUUAUCCUCACACUUUUGUAUUACUCCCUCUCCCACACACGCACACAUAUAAAAAAAUGAAGUUUGCUCAGCUUUCGAUCUAUGUCUUUGUCGCGAUCUUCGCGAUCCUCGCUGCGACCUCAGAGGCCAAGUUGUCUGCCAAGAUUGGCCAGAAGUCCAGCGGCAAGUCGACUUGGUUUGACGGCCACGAUCUCAAGGGGGCUGCAUGCUACGGUGAUAUCUUGAACAAGGACGUCGACGCUCAGGACAGCUGGCACAUUGGUGCCAUGAGGCUGUCGAGCAUCAGCGGUGGUGAACGCGCCGGCUGCUUCCAAUGUGCCAAGGUCACUGCCAACCGUCGCUCGGUCAUCGUCCGUAUCAUCGACGACUGCACAUCAUGCUCUCAAGGCCAGAUCGAUCUCACCUCCUCGGCCUUCAAGAUCCUUGCUCCCCUCAAGCAGGGUGUCGUCAAGAUGCAGUUCGAGUGGGUUCGUUGCCCCUCCAGUGGCAAAUGGCCCAAGAGCCCUGCUCCCAAGAAGUAAAAAAAAAAAAAAAAAAAAAA